UCGAAUUUGCAAAUCUUGGAGGAUUGGCCUAUUUGUUGGACAACAUAUCGUUAUUCUUCCACUUCAUCUUUCAGUAUUGAGUAAAAUCAGGUAACAAUGUCUGAGAAGAAAUGUCCCGCAGCUGGUAGCAGCCCUUUCCGUAAUUGGCAGAGACCAGACCUGCCCAGUAAAUGCACAUACUACGAGGCUAAGUCCAUGAAAGACUCCCCUCACAACCACAAGGAGUUAAAACCCAAACCAAAGAUAAUGCCCAAUGUCCUGUACAAUAUUGGUAACACUCCACUGGUGAGAAUCAACAGAAUAACAAAGGAAGAAGAUGUCCAGUGUGAUAUUUAUGCUAAGUGUGAAUUUUUCAAUGCUGGUGGGAGUGUGAAGGACAGGAUAGGACUGAGGAUGAUAGAGGAUGCUGAGGCAGCAGGUCACCUAAAACCCGGGGACGUCCUCAUAGAGCCAACCUCAGGCAACACAGGUAUUGGUAUUGCCUUGGCCGCUGCUGUGAAAGGAUAUAGAUGCAUAAUUGUGAUGCCUGAAAAAAUGAGUAUGGAAAAGGUUGAUGUCUUGCGAGCUCUUGGUGCCGAAAUUGUGAGAACUCCCACCAGUGCCGCCUUUGAUUCCCCGGAGUCUCACAUUGGGGUGGCUAAAAGACUGAUGGAGGAAAUUCCCAACUCACACAUUCUUGAUCAGUAUCGUAAUGCAAGCAAUCCCCUGGCUCACUUUGAUGGCACUGCUGAGGAAAUUCUCCAGUCUUGUGAUGACAGAGUAGAUAUGGUGGUAGUGGGUGCUGGUACAGGUGGAACUCUCACUGGAGUCGCACGUAAAAUAAAGCUCAGAUGUCCCAACUGUAAAGUCAUUGGUUUAGAUCCAGAGGGGUCUGUUAUUGCAGAACCAGAGUCCCUGAACAAGUUAGACACCACAUUCUACGAGGUGGAGGGUGUGGGGUAUGAUUUUAUCCCCACCGUGUGUGACAGAAAGCUGGUUGAUAAAUGGUACAAGUCCAAUGAUAAGGAAUCUUUCAUCAUGGCUAGACGAAUGAUAAGGGAGGAAGGGCUACUUUGUGGUGGGAGCUCUGGUUCAGCAAUGUCUAUUGCCAUUAAGGCAGCGAAGGACUUUGGGCUGAAGGAGGGACAGAGAUGUGUGGUGAUUCUGCCCGACUCCAUCAGGAACUAUAUGACCAAGUUUCUGAGUGAUGAUUGGAUGAGUCAGAGGGAAUUCCUUGAGUCCAGCAAAUUAACAAAGGAUGCAGAGGAAUGUUCAUAUGGAAAGAACAGGUGGUCCUCAUUAAAUGUGAGUGCUCUUCAGUUAAGAGCUCCUCUGACUGUGACUCCAGCAGUCACGAUCCAGGAGACGCUUGAUCUUCUCAACAAAGAGGGUUUUGACCAAGUGCCAGUAGUGAACGAUGCAGGGGACAUCAUGGGUAUGGUGACAGUUGGUAAUAUGAUGGCUCAGGUCGUGAGGUCAAAGAUCAAACCUUCAGAUCCUGUUUCUAAAGUCAUGUACAAACAAUUUAAAAUGGUAUCCAUGGCAACAAGCUUAGGAGAAAUUUCAAGAAUGCUUGAUACUGACCACUUUGUUUUGGUUGUUCAUGGACAAAGACAAUAUGAAGGUAAUAACUUCAUGUCUAAGAAACAGAUGAUUUUUGGCAUUGCCACAAGGAUAGAUCUGCUAAACUUUAUCACCCAGCACCAGAAACUCGAAAACCAGUGAAGAAAGAAAGCAAGCACAUUUAAUCUGGGACCAUAUGGUACAUUUACUAACAUAUAUAUAAGCCUGUUAAAAUUACUAUGUUUAAUCAAACAGUUAACUGUAUAAACAUGUAUUUUUCUGUUGAAUGAAAUGGAUUUUCUUUUAUUUCUUUGUACAUUUCACAGAAAAGUUAAUUUAUCAGGGCUGUCUUAAGUUUCUCAUAUGUGUUUAUGAAAGCAUUCAAUCUCCCCCCUUUUUGUCAAUUGAUUUGGGUACUGUUUAAUUUCAGUAUGUCAUACCUUGACAUUUAGAUUAUUAUGAUUAUUUGUUUUGAAAAAAAAUUAAAUUGUUACGAUUUUUUAUUUUGAAAAACAAUGUCAAACACUGAUUAUUUUUUUCUAAUGCUUCAUUAAUUGAAAGUCAUUUUUGGACAUGUUGGUGCAUAAACCUAUGUCUUGAAGUGUGAAAAAAAUAAUAUUGGUCGUCUUAUUUAUUAUUAUUGGAAGAAUACCGGUAAUUUUGAUGAAAUUUUAUUAUUAUUUUGUUGCAUGCGAGUAUUUAUGAUAUUCCAGUGUUUCCAAUAAAUUAAAACAUGAUUUGAGAAUUCUCCCAUCUUGUAACAUACUGGGGUAUGUCAGAGUUGGGCAAAAACAGAAAACAAUUUUUUUGCAUUUGCUCCGGCAUCCAUUUUUUUCUGCAUAAAAGCAUCUUAAUUUUAUAUGAAUAUGCCUACAUUACAAGAUUUACUAAUGGUUUGGAAUUAAAGCAUGUUCACCUGACAUGCGUGUACAGAUAAUUUUGCAUGUAUUUAAAUUUGGUUUACAGUAAUGUUUUCACAAUAAAACUAAAAACUCUACAAUCACAUCUUUUCUCAUAAAGAGAUAACCAGUACAAUCAUGACAUCUAAAAACACAAUGCUUGUAAUUUAAAUGCAGCUUUUUUAUUUUAUAUUUAAAUCAUUAAAUCAAAGAUAACUUAAUUGUAAUUUCAUGGAUAUGAAGCUGUGUUCUUUCAAAAAGUCCCAAACAUAUAUCCAUAAGGGCAUUGAUCUCCAUUAUCUACACUACAUGCUUCUUGCUGUUGAACAAAUAAGUGUAUCAUUAACUGUUGUGUAUAAUCUCUGUUUGUUUGAAUAAUGAUGUAAAUGAACAUGCUUGAAUUCUCUGACUGUGGUUAUAGCUUAGCUUUAUCUUUACAUUUUUUUUUACUUAUUUUGGUUGUUGAUUUAUAAAAUAAUGUUGGAGUGCCAAUGGAACUUUUUUUUUUGUUACCUGAAAACAACUUUGAUCUUUUUCUCCAUAUAUGUAUACAAUUUUACUGACUCAAUUUCAUGACAGUUCAUGUUUUCAAGAACAAUUAUGGUUGUUAUUUUUCAAUAUUUUAUGCAUCAAUAUUGCCCAGUAUUUUCAUGUUAUUUAUAAAUGGAAUCUCAUAUUUCAUGAUAUUAAGAAUUAAAACAUAUAGCAAAACAUACGGUAGUACUAAUUUAGU